AUGAUUUCCUUCCUUUUAUAUUUUUUAUACCAUAUUCUUUCUUUCUUCAUUCUUUCCUUGAUUUCUUUCUUUUUUCUCCUUUUAUACACCCUCACUUAUUCACAUCUUUUUCUUACUAUAUCUUUUUUCUUUCUUUCUUUCUUUCUUUCUUUAAUUUUGAAUUUUUUCCUUCAAUUUUCUUUUCUUUCUUUAAUUCUGCUUUUUUUACUUCCACACAUAUUUUCAUCAUUCUUUCUUUUUUUUUCUUUAAUUUUUGCUUUCAUUUAUUCUUUCUUUUUUAUUUCUUUUUUUUUUGCUUUCCUUCUUUCUUUCGACUACUUUUUAUACUUCUUCAAUUAUACACAUUGUCUUCUUCCUUUCUGUUUUUCUUUUAUUUUUCUGUCCUUUUUACUUCCUUUGUUCCUUGCUUUCAUUCUGUACUUCAAAAUUUCCUCAUUUAUUUUCAUCUUUCUUUCACCUUAUUUAAUAAAUUUCUUCUCAUCACUCAUUUAUAAUUUCUUAUCUAUUUAUUCAUAUCUAACUUUCUUUCUUUUUUUCUCAUUUCUUUGCAUCAUUUUCUUUCCUUCUUUUUUCUUUCUUUCUUUCUUUCUUUCUUUCCAUUCUUUCAAUAAAUUUAUCUCACCACUCAUCUAUAAUUUCUUACAUAUUUAUUCAUAUCUUUCUUUCUUUCUUUCUUUCUUUCUCCUCACUUCCUGA